AUGACGCCCUGUUGCCAAGCAGACUACCGCCAUGACAGGCAGCCUCCAGCCCCGCAACGUGGCUUCCCCAGGGCCGCGGGUCUCGAGCCAUCCCGCGGGAAGGGGGGCUGCUCGACCUGUGCCGGCCUGCGGGUGACCUCACAGGCCGCACGGUUCCUUCGCGAACCUUCCAGGCACGCGAGGGCCCCUGGCAACCCGCGCGGCCCGGAGGAGCAGUGCCGAGGUCCGGGAGCCUGCGCACCUGCUGCCGCGGCUGGGGCUCUCCGGGGCCCCCGCGCUCCCCGCGCCGCCACGGACCCGCGCCCCGGGGCCGAGGAGGCCGCGCAGCGGCCGGGCCCCCGCGCCUCGCCGCCGCCGCACGCGGGCCCCCGGCUCCGGGCCGAGCCUCCGCCCCCGGGCGACCUCCCGCAGCCCCUGCUCCGCAGGCCGUCCUACUUCUGGGCCCGGGGCCCCGGGGCGCCCCCCGGCGAUGACCCGGCUCCGGAGCCCCACCGCCCCGGCCGGCCGCCCCCGACGGGGAUCCUGCACCACGGCCCGGGCGAGCCCGCGGGGUCCCCGGGCGCCGCGCCGCACGGCCGGCCGCAGCCCCCGCCGGGCGCGCCCCGCCCACGCGGCGCGUCCCACCUCCGCGCCGACGCGCACCGCGCCGAGGAGAGCCCCCAGCCCGCGGAGGCGGCCCGCGACGCGCACCGCGGCCCGCCGCCGCACCCCCGCCCCGCGACGGGCCCGGGCCAGCCCCGCGCGCACCCCGUCCCCUCGGCCAUGCGCUCCAGGGACUCGGCCCACAGCGCCGCCGUCCAGUCCCGCGUGGCCAUCCACUCCCGCUCCUCCCGGGUGUCCAGCAGAAUCCACCCCCAGUUCACCCAGGAGUCGGGGAUCUGGAUGGAGGAGGAGAAGUUGCACAAGCGCAAAGGCAAGAUGCAGCGGGCCCACAAGAAGAAGCGCUCUGGGAAUUACUUCCAUCAGUUUUUGGAAAAAUUAAACCAACUCAUUUGGAGCUUCCGGAAUAUGAUGCGGGAAUUGAUCCAGUCCAUGGUCUUUGAAACCUUCAUCUUCAUUUUCGUCUGCCUUAACACCAUCAUGCUGGUGGCUCAGACCUUUGCUGAAGUUGAGAUCCGGGGUGAGUGGUACUUUAUGGCCUUCGAUUGUGUUUUCCUCUGCAUCUACGUCAUUGAAGCCCUGCUCAAGAUCAUUGCCCUGGGCCUGAAGUAUUUCUAUGAUCCCUGGAACAAUCUCGACUUCUUCAUCAUGGUCAUGGCUGUGCUGGACUUCGUGUUUAUACAGAUCAACUCCCUCACCUACUCCUUUUAUAACCACAGCGUCUUCCGGAUCCUCAAGGUCUUCAAGAGCCUGCGGGCUCUGAGGGCCCUCCGUGUCCUACGGAGGUUCAGCAUCCUGACCAGCGUCCACGAAGUGACAGGGACCCUGGCCCGAACCUUGCCAUCCAUCACCGCCAUCCUAAUCCUCAUGUUUACCUGCAUGUUCCUCUUCUCCGUGGUUCUCCGGGGUCUGUUCCGCCACUCGGACCCCAAGCGUUUCCAGAGCAUCUUAACCACCAUCUUCACCCUCUUCACCCUGCUCACCCUGGAUGACUGGUCCCUCAUCUAUCUGGACAGUCGGGCCCAGGGUGCCUGGUACAUCAUCCCCAUCCUCAUGAUCUACAUCAUCAUCCAGUACUUCAUCUUCCUCAACCUUGUGAUUGCUGUCCUAGUGGAUAACUUCCAGAUGGCUCUACUCAAGAACCUAGAGAAAGUGAAACAGGAGAAAGCCGCCCAGAUCCAGGAGAAGCUUCUGGAUGACUCCCUGACAGAGCUUAGACGAUCAGGGACAGCCUGGCCCUGGCCUCUGCCCCCACACAGGCAGAAGGAGCUCCAGUUCUUGUUCCUGCAGCUGGUGGCCGCGGUGGAGCAGCAGCAGCAGAAGUUCCGCUCCCAGGCGUCCAUCUUGGAUGAGAUUGUCGACACUGCCUUUGAGGCUGGAGAAGAGGACUUCAGUCAGUGACCCCGCAAAGCACC